UGGAAGGCGGCAAAGGCUUUAAUCUCCCCCUUGGUGCAGCUGCUUUUGAAGUGUGUUUCCUCGCCAGAGCCCCGGCUGGACAGGCAGCGGCUCACAUCGCGGAGCGCGCCCCGCGCAGCCCCAAGCCCUCCCCCCGCUGCUCCCAUGCGCGCGGGUGGGUCAUGAGCACAGCGCCCUCGCUUUCUGCCCUAAGAAGCAGUAAGCACAGCGGCGGCAGCGGCGGCAGUGGCGGCGGCGGCGGCGCAGACCCUGCCUGGACCAGCGCGCUCUCUGGAAACAGCUCCAGCUCCAGCUCCGGCCCCGGCCCAGGCUCGGCCCCGGCCGGCAGCACCAAACCUUUUGUGCACGCCGUGCCCCCUUCUGACCCCCUGCGCCAGGCUAACCGCCUGCCCAUCAAGGUGCUGAAAAUGUUGACGGCGAGGACUGGCCAUAUUUUGCACCCUGAGUAUCUGCAGCCCCUGCCCUCCACGCCCGUCAGUCCCAUCGAGCUGGAUGCCAAGAAGAGCCCGCUGGCGCUGUUGGCACAAACCUGCUCGCAGAUCGGCAAGCCCGACCCCUCGCCCUCGUCCAAACUCUCUUCGGUCACCGCCAAUGGGGGCGCGGGUGGUGCCGGCGGCGGUGGCGCUGGGGGCGACAAGGAUGCCAAGUCAGGCCCCCUGAAGCUGAGCGACAUCGGUGUGGAGGACAAGUCGAGUUUCAAGCCGUACUCCAAACCAGGCUCGGAUAAGAAGGAGCCGGGAGGUGGAGGUGGAGGCGGCGGCGGCGGAGGUGGCGGCGGGGGUGUUUCAACAGAGAAGUCAGGAUUCCGGGUACCGAGCGCCACCUGCCAGCCAUUCACACCCAGGACAGGCAGCCCAAGCUCCAGCGCCUCGGCCUGCUCGCCAGGAGGCAUGCUGCCCUCGGCCGGGGGCGGCCCGGAGGGCAAAGACGAUAAAAAAGACCCGGACGCAAGCGGUGGCAGCGGCAAGGGCGCUGGGGGCGCCUCGGCCGAAGGAGGAUCCACGGGGCUGGCGCACGGCCGGAUUAGCUGCGGCAGCGCCGGGAUGAAUGUGGACGUGAACCAGCACGCAGAUGGGGGCCCUGGGGGAAAGGCUCUGGGUGCGGACUGCAGCGGCUCCUCGGGCUCCAGCUCCGGCUCCGGACCCAGUGCGCCCGCCUCCUCCUCGGUGCUGGGCUCAGGGCUGGUGGCACCGGUGUCACCCUACAAACCGGGUCAGACAGUGUUCCCUCUGCCUCCGGCCGGCAUGACCUACCCUGGUAGUCUGGCCGGGGCCUACGCCGGCUACCCACCUCAGUUCCUGCCGCACGGCGUGGCGCUGGACCCCACCAAACCCGGCAGCUUGGUGGGCGCGCAGCUAGCAGCCGCCGCAGCCGGCUCUCUGGGCUGCAGCAAGCCAGCCGGCUCAAGCCCCUUGGCCGGAGCAUCGCCGCCGUCCGUGAUGACGGCCAGCUUGUGCCGGGACCCUUACUGCCUCAGCUACCAUUGUGCCAGCCACCUGGCUGGAGCAGCGGCCGCCAGCGCCUCGUGCGCGCAUGACCCUGCCGCGGCCGCAGCGGCGCUAAAAUCCGGAUACCCACUGGUGUACCCAACGCACCCACUGCACGGUGUGCACUCCUCGCUUACGGCCGCCGCUGCUGCAGGCGCCACGCCGCCCUCACUGGCUGGCCACCCCCUCUACCCCUAUGGCUUCAUGCUCCCCAACGACCCUCUCCCGCACAUCUGCAACUGGGUGUCAGCCAACGGGCCGUGCGACAAGCGCUUCGCCACGUCCGAAGAGCUGCUGAGCCACUUGCGGACCCAUACGGCCUUCCCGGGGACAGACAAACUACUGUCGGGUUACCCCAGCUCGUCGUCUCUGGCCAGCGCCGCCGCGGCCGCCAUGGCUUGCCACAUGCACAUCCCCACGUCAGGUGCUCCGGGCAGCCCUGGGACGCUGGCUCUGCGCAGCCCCCACCACGCGCUGGGACUCAGCAGCCGCUACCACCCCUACUCCAAGAGCCCGCUCCCCACGCCUGGUGCCCCCGUGCCGGUGCCGGCUGCCACCGGACCCUACUACUCCCCCUAUGCCCUCUAUGGACAGAGACUGACCACUGCCUCGGCGCUGGGGUACCAGUGAGGGCGGCUGGGAGGGCCAGCAAGGGAGAGGACGCUCCCGGGGGAGGGGAGCGCGGAGGGUGGGGCGCGAUCAAGGCCGAAGCUGUCGACCCCC